AUGAAUAGAUUGGAAAAGUUCUUCACAACACUGAAUACAGCCCAAUCAAAGGUUCUGAAGGAAUACACUACUAACGAGCUAGUUUCUCAAAUAAAAGAAUAUGUUGAUUUCACACCUUAUAUUCUUAAGCAAACAUAUAAGCUUCUGUGCGGACAGGCAAGUGAAGACAGGAAAAAUGGAGCGCAGAUUCUUAAGUCAUUGAUGUUCCAGUUUAGUCUCGUGACAGACUUCAAGAUUGAGUACAAGAAAAGCAGCAGUAUAUAUCUAAGCUCAACAGGAGAGCAGUUCAAUGUCCAGGCGCCUUCUGUGCAGGAGCAGAAGAAAAUAGUUAAGAAGAUAGCAAAGCUACAGCACGUUGAUGCUAACUUUCUGUGUGACAUUGAUUUUAAGGCGGGAAGUGGGGAGACGAUCAAAAGGCAUAAGAUUGAGGAAAGGCCCAUUGAAAACACAUUCGAUUUCUUUGAGCAAAUAAGUGAUAAUCUGUUGAGCUAUGAGUGGCAUAAAAGACAUGGGGCGUUUCUCGCGUUUACAGCAAUGUUUUCUGAAAUAGACAGUGGAGGAGACAUUCAGAUAAAGGUUGACUCUAAGCUGUUUUCGAAGAUAUAUGAAAUUCUUGUUACAGAUAAGUUCAAUGACUUUGUUGAUGACAGAACGGUAGCACCUGUAAGAGAUGCAGCAGCGUAUCUCUUAUCAUGCAUAUAUCCUUUAAUAGGGCCUAAUGACAUUAUUGAACAACUACUUAGGUUUCUAGACAGUGAGGAUUGGCAGAUACAAUUUUCUGGAUUGAUAGCGCUUGGAUACCUGAAGGAGUUUGUCGAAGAUAGAGAUGGGCUUCGCAAGAAACUCAUAUCUCUUCUAGAUAGUCCGGAUGAGGAUAUAAAGCUUCUUAGUGCAGAACUUCUUUGCCAUUUUCCAAUAGUCGACGAACUUGGAGUAGUGCUUGAGAAGUGCUGGAAAAACAUUGAGUCUGAAGAGGCUAUUUCUGUUUCAAAAACAUCCAAUCUUUCUCUUCUGACAAAGAUAUACAAGGAAAACCCAGAGCUCACUGUCCCUCCUGAAAGAUUGAAAGACAUAUUCCCUUGCUUUAUGUCUCCUGUCCCUGAGGUCAGAAUUAGUAUAUUGAACAUGGUAGAAAAUCUUUCUGAAGAAUCGAUUGAUUUUCUUGUUGCUGAGGUUAUUCUGAUAGAAGAGAAGGACGAAAUAAGAGAGAUGGCUAUUAAUCUUUUCAAAAAGAAACCAGAUCUUCCAAGGAAUUUGAUUAUUCAUUUUAUGAAUGUCAUUGGAGGAAGCUUGUACGAACCUUAUAGGGAAGAUGACUUUGUUUCUUACGAAGAUUUGUACUUCACAAAGAGUGGGAUAAAUGUAAUUGGAAAAGACGAAAUUUUGAAGAAUAGAUGCCUCUUGUUUGAAUGCAUUGUGAAGAGCAAAUUCCCGGAUCUGCAGAUAGGUAAUGAGACCAUGGUAAACAAAACCUUUCUUUCUCUAUAUAAGCAUGCCCAAGCUUUGAAUAAUGGCGCAACUGGUUCUUCUGAGGGUAUAAAGGAGUUGGAGCACUACUUCGAUGAAUUUAAAGAUCUCAGAAUGGCUCCUUUGAAAGAGUUUAAGAAAAAGCUUAGCAAGCCAGAAAUAUGCUCUAUCCAUCCCAUGGUAGAUCCCUUGUAUGUAGACUACAUUAGGAUGAUAUCAUCAAUAAGAUUCCCAGUUCUUGACAGAGCUUCAGCUCUCUUUGAAGUAGAGACAUGCAAGCAGUUUCUGGUUUUAUUUUCCAAGAUGAUAGUGAAGUACUACGAUGCUGGAAAGAUCUCCAUAGAUGAUUUCCUUCCUAUAGCAUAUGAAGGGAUGGCUUCUGGAAAGGAUGGGUUUCUUUCAUUCUUUGAGGAGUUUGGUAACAGAUUCCUUGUGAAUCCUUUCUUCUGUAAAGUCGGUGAACUAGGCAAUAGGCUUGAUUUCUUUUCAAAAACAAUUCAUAUAUACACAGUAGGCCCACAGAUUCAAAGCAUAGGGUUUAUAUUUGAUUAUGCGCUCCAGGAGAAAAAUGUCAUGGUAAUCAAUGGAUUUAUGAAAUGCUUGGAAUUCAACGAGAAGUUUGUACGAAAAGCCUUGGUUGAUUUAGACGUUGAGCUUCUCGACUCGGUCUUGAUGAACGGGGACCACUCUUUUAAUCCUUUGUUUGUUAAGCCUCUUCUUAAAAACAUUUCAAGUGACAUCAACCGUAAGGUGUCCUCUAGACUGUUCUCUAAGAUUAUUCCUACCCUCGGGUUUAGAACGAAUACAAGAAUAUCACAAGAUCUUCUUGAGAUGAUCGAGGAUGAGAAGAAGUCCCUUGAAUCACUGCUUGAUGUAAAAAAGAUUCCUGAGUACCAUAUAAAAUGUCCCACACAAGUAAAGCUUAGGGAUUAUCAAAUGGAAGGAGUGAAAUGGCUGAAUUUCCUCCAUUCAUUCAAUCUUAAUGGGAUUCUUGCAGACGACAUGGGACUGGGGAAAACACUACAGGUUUUAACAUUUCUCUGCUCUGAGAUCUAUAAAACGAAUAGGAAAAUCCUGGUGAUAUGCCCUUCAAGUCUUACUGGGCAUUGGAAAUCCGAAGUGAAGAAGUUUUUUCCCUUAGUAGCAGCAGAGAUUUAUAAGAGGGAAGGUAAAAGCAAGUACAGCUUUUUGAUAUCUUCCUACGAGACAUUUAGGAACGAUUAUCUGAAUUUCAUUGAGAAGGAUUGGUUUUAUGUUGUAGUUGACGAGGGUCAUGUGCUCAGAAACAAACAGACAAUUCUGUACUCAAGAAUGAACAUGAUAAAAUGCCCUCGGAAGAUAGUUCUAACAGGAACCCCUGUGCACAACAGCGUGGAAGAUCUUGUUUCCUUAUUCAAUUUCCUAAUGCCUAACUAUAUUGGCUCUGAAAAAGAAUAUGGGUCGUUGAAUGUAAAAAUGUCAGAUACAGAAAUAGAAAAAACACAAGAAAGGCUUAACCUCCUUCACAAAAAAGUUCUUCCGUUUGUUCUUCGUAGACUGAAAAUAGACGUUCUGAAGGACCUCCCCCCGAAGAUUAUUCGUGAUAUUACUGUUGAACUCGGCCCUGUACAGGAAAAGUUGUAUCGUGAGAUUGACGAAAAAGGAGGGAAAGAGGGCCCUGAAGACAUCGAUCUAGAAUAUGGAAAAGUGGAUCAAAAGAACGUAGGCUUCAAAAGAACGAAGGAUCUUUUCCUUGCAGUUUCCCACAUAGGCCACUUCAAGAGUUCUAGCGAAAUAUCCUGUAAGGUCAGGGCUCUUGAAGACAUAAUCACCUUGUGCGGGGGAGAGGACCUGAGAAAUAAGAUGCUGAUUUUCUUCCAAUUCAAAUCAAGCAUAGAUCUUGUUAUAAAAGAUAUAAUGGCAAAGUAUAAGUUUAAGUACUCAAGACUGGAUGGAUCUGUUCCCAGCUCGGCCCGGGCUAAGAUCGCUGAAGAUUUCAACACAGGUACAACACAGAUACUGUUCCUCACCACACAGGUUGGUGGGUUAGGUCUCAACCUUACUGGAGCAGACACAGUUGUAAUGUACGAGCAUGACUGGAAUCCUUUUAAUGACUUACAAGCCAUGGACAGAGCACAUAGAAUAGGGCAAAAAAGAACAGUGAAUGUCUUUAGACUUAUAGCAAAAAACACUCUAGAGGAGAAGGUUAUGAAUCUUCAAUCGUUUAAGAUGUUCGUUGCAAACAGUCUUGUUUCUCAACAAAACGCAGAUAUAGAAACGAUGGACACUAAGGACUUGUUGGAGAGAUUCCAAGUUCCAGGAUAG